GAUAAAGAGACCCAGAUGAUGUACAUGUACCUUCUUCAUGAAGAUGUGCUGAGACUUGGCAACACUGGCGUUGUUUUGUUGAGAAUGGCGGGUAAAGUUGUCUGCUGGUCCUGAUAACUUAAUGUUUUACUGCACAAAACAAGGGAUCACAGCACUCUGACAUUAUGAGUGAGUUCAAAAUUCAUCACCAUGUGAGUGAACUGUUUUCUCUUUUAGGAAUCCAAUCCGAUGCUGCUGAGAAGUACACAGAAACUUUAAGUGAAUCUGUUCAGCGAUUUAUUAGUACUCAAGUAUCGGCAUCAAGUGCAGUGAGGAUCUUGGCUGAGAAUGCCCCCAAUCCACAGGCUUUCCUCAGUAAAUAUGAUGAACUCAAGAGUCGCAAUGUUCGAGAUUUAGAUCCAUUAGUAGUGUUCCUAAGUGGUCUGGUGGAAGACGAGUCCGUACGGAAAGUAGUAGAAGGCAGUUCCAAGUUGAGACUGCAGGAGGACGGUGUGACACUUGCUAAUGUUCCCUCAAUUGUUUCUGACAUAGAACGUGCUGCUGAAACAAAGUUAUCCAGAGAUCAGCUUAAUGAGCUCAGGGAUCGAUUACUGAGAGAAUCACAAGUUAUGCAUACCCCAAGUGAAGCUCUACAGAGCGUGGAGAGGGGAGAAAAAAGACCUUUAUGUUUGGGUCCUCCAAUUCCAAGUUGGUUAAAAAACAGACCGUAUCUAUCACUGGACUUUGUCAAACUAGAAAACAGACAAGAGAUUGGGGCCUUAGGUAAGAUAAAGACCACAGUCCAGGAACUUGUUGAUAGUACCUUGACACCAGCGAUGAGGAUGUGCCCUUGAUGUGGGAUUGAAGGCAGGUUUCACAGUACAACUGCCCCCCAAAAAAAUUACGAUUCCCCGGUUUACGUUGAUCCUUCUGUGGAGCCUUCCCUGAGUACACUGGUGAGUCGUAUCCUUCCUCUUUGUGGUUACUACUCUCAACUCAUCAGAUUUGUAGAAAACAAGAGUUGCUACCACCAUGGCCUGGUGAACCAGGCACUGUCUGCAGCUAUAACCAACCUCAUCAAGGACUAUAUGUUGCUGGUGACACAGCUAGAAGAACAGCAUCAACACUGGGCUCUCACGUUGCAUAAACUUUACUUUUAUGUGGAGAAGACCAUGGCAGUCAUGGACAUGCUGGCAUGUGUAACUAGAGUUAUCAGUAAGUCUGAGGCCCAUGGUGGUGCAGUAUUAAGCAUACUUCAUGAUCGCACUGUCAGCCUCACAGGCUGUGGACAACUACAGGAUGUUAUGGUAUUUCUUACGCAAUCGGCAGCUGUUCCUUAUAUGAAUAUUCUGGCUAAAUGGCUCUACAGAGGCAUCAUAAAUGACCCAUACAAUGAGUUUAUGGUAGUGGACAGAGAAAGUGGCAGUGAAGAAAAUGAGGAUGAAGAUCUGGCUGAUGAUUACUGGGAGAAACGGUACACGAUCAUUCCUCAGAACAUACCUACAUUUCUGCAAGUUCAUGCAAAUGUCAUACUUCGUACUGGAAAAUACUUAAAUGUUAUCAGACAGUCUGACCAUAGUGUUGUAUGCCCACACCAAGAGGAACUUGUAUACAGUGUGCGUGACCGGUCAUAUGCUGAAGUAAUUGAGCGAACAUAUAACUUUGCUUCCAAGAGGCUGCUGGAGCUGCUUAUGAAGGAGAAGGACCUAAUGGGUCGACUAAGAUCUGUGAAGCACUAUUUCUUGCUUGACCAAGGUGAUUUUGUUGUCCAGUUAAUGAGCUUAUGUGAGGAUGAGCUAAGCAAAAAUAUUGAUGAUGUUGUACCUACACGACUUGAGUCAUUGUUGGAAUUAGCACUUAGAACAUCAGCAGCUAAUUCUGACUUUUAUAAAGAUGACAUAGAAUGUGAUCUGCAACCUAUAACCUUGAUGACUCAAAUGCUGAGAAUUCUAAGCAUUGAGACCGAGGAUGAACGAGAGUACUACCCACAAGAGGAGCGACUACAGCUGACCGGGCUUCAGGGGUUUUCACUUGGUUAUCGGGUAACAUGGCCAGUGUCACUGGUGUUGGACCGCAAAACUAUAGCUUGCUACCAGAUGAUCUUCAGACAUCUCUUUUACUGUAAACAUGUUGAGAAAUUACUGUGCAGGGUGUGGGUCAGUAACAAGGUGGCCAAAAGCUUUCCACUGUCUGCCUCCCGCACAUACACUGCAGCUUUCGCUCUAAGGCAACGUAUGCUCAACUUUAUUCAAAAUAUAGAAUAUUAUAUGAUGUUUGAAGUAAUAGAGCGCAACUGGCAAAAUUUUAUUAAUAAAAUGCAAAAGGUGGAGAAUGUGGAUGAAGUACUUGCAUUCCAUAAUGACUUCCUGAGUGGGUGCUUGAAGGACUGUAUGCUUACUUCACCAGAACUGCUGCGCAUGAUCUCUAAACUUACCACCAUAUGUGUCAGUUUUGCCAAUUUCAUAGAGAGAAUGAAAAAGUACUACUUGGAAGCAGAACUAUGGAUGUCUGAUGAACGAAGAGACUCGAUAGAUCGAGAGGAAUCCCCAGAGCCAGCAGCAACUAUACAUGAAGACAGCCAAAGCUUUGAGCAGACCAUAUCAAGGUUUGAACUUCAGUUCUCAGGCAUGAUCUACACACUUAUGGAAAGAAUAUCGGAAAUGGGACGGGACAACUACAAUGAUGCGUUGGUUAAUGUAAUAUAUAGAUUGGACUUCAAUAUGUACUACGCCAAAAAGCACGAACAUCUACGAAUGGCAACUUCUCCAGAAACAUCACUUGAUUAUAAUAGUGGCCCAGUGUCUGCUGAAUUUGAUAGUCAGCAUAUGUAGAACGUAAUUAAGCUUGCACCAUUGUUUACGUAUAUUUAAAUAAAUAGCCUUGACCCUCAGGGGCCUGCAGAUAGUAAUAGGUUUAAUCUGUUGGAUUUUAAAGCUAUAAAUUUGCAACACUUAAUUGUGAAUCUGUAGGUCAUUCAUAGGGCCAAGUAUGAUUGUAAGCUGAGUGGGGUACCUUGAUCAUGUUCAAGUAUCAACUCUGAGUAAAUAAAUCCUUUAAGUGGAAGCGAGAGAAAUAUCAAGUAUCCUUUCACAAAUAUGGAGAAAAUAUAAAUUAUCUUUAUUCAUUGCUGUAUAGCCCUUGUGGCUUAGCGCUUCUUUUUGAUUAUAAUAUCUUUAUUCAUCAUUGUAGCAUGCUGCAAGAGUUAUUAGUAAGUUACACGGGAUUCUUUAAUUGGGUUCUAUGCAUUGAAAUAUGAAAGGCUUGUUUAAAGAUGUGAAAAAAAAAGUCUCAUGGCUGAAAGAGCAGCAGUUUCCUGGGGGGGCAGGGGGAUGUCAAGAUUUUACGGUCACACUUUUCCAUUGGUGUAUGCUUACCUAACUUAUUGCAAUCCCCCUGAUACAUGGAGUUUUCUUUUCAGUUUACUACAUAUUUUGAGACAAUGAAUGUAUUGACUAAUACAGUGAUGAGGAAGAAUUUGUGAAUUACAUUAAAUAAGGAGCCAGAAUGUAGUCUGGUUUUUAGUAUGACUUAAGAAGUGUGUCUAUAUUGGUCAUCCAUAAAAUGACAAUCCAUAAGCAGGAAGCUACAAUAGUAACUAGUUAUUUUUUUAUAUAUAUUAUUAUCUGACUUAUGAACAAGAUUUUCUUAAGUUAAUUUUUACAUUUUAUUAUCAGCUUCCCUAUUGGAUUAGAUUUAUAGUGUCCACUGGAUUUUUUUAAGCUGAUACAGCAGUUUUUGCACGUCAUUCCACAGGAGGUAUGUAUUUAUAUGUAUUGUUCCACAGCCCAAUAAACUGUUUGUCCAUUUUAAAUAAAUUUAAUAUUAAAAUUAUGACUGUUUAAAUUAUUUUUAACACUGGCUGCCUCCCACUGAGGUAGGGUGGCCAAAAAAGAAAAACUUUUGCCAUCAUUCACUAUCACUGUCUUGCCAAAGGUGUGUAAAUAUUUCAGUUCAGCUGCCCUUCUUCUCCAGCAUCUUCACUCCGCUGCUCUCUCUUUACCUUCCCUUCUCGCUGAUGGACCCACUUUUCAUCCGGACUCUCUCAUUGACAACAACUGACUUACUUCACAAACUCUGAUGAUACCUUCAGCCCUUUCUACCUCUACCCCUGCCCCGCUGUUUUCUGGAACCUACUGAUCGCCCCUCCCCCCUUCUGCCGCCCAAUACCCUCGUUUCCUUCCCUACCCUGCAGCGCUGUAUAACCCUUGUGGCUUAGCGCUUCUUUUUGAUUAUAAUAAUAAUAAUCAGCUGCCCUUCUAAACACAAACAUCCCCACCCCUCCUUUAGAGUACAGGCGCUGUACUUCCACCUCCAGGACUCAUGUCUGGCUAACUGGUUUACCUUAAUCCUUUAUAAAAUGUUACCUUGUUCACACAACAACAGCUUAUCAGGUCCCCAAAACUAUUUGCCUCCACUUGUAUCUAACACACUUACACUUUCUGAAUGUACAAGCCCCUUGCACAAUAUAUUGUGUGUAUGAAAUCAGUCCACAAUAAGAGCUAGUAAAAUUGUAUGAAAAUACAAAACUGAGAACAUAUUUUCGGCGAGGGUGCUUGUACACUACUGUGAUUUAGGUACUUGGUGGUGUUUAUUGCAGGAUCAACUAUUGACAACUAUGGAUGAAGUUCAACAUCCUUAAACUUACUUCCUGUGGUUCAGCUCUACAUUGGGAAACUAGACCUGAAUGCCCUGUGAUGCUGUAGCUCUCUCCAUUCCACUAUACCCUAACCUUAUCCAGAAAAUGUCACACUGAAUUCUACUGCUUUUAUUCACCCUUGCAUUUCUAAAGCAAUCUAAAAUGUGUAAAUAUUUGCUACCAGCUUUAACUAGAGCUUUCCUGUUGCUGAAGUGGCAACUUGUUUGUUUGCCUUGUUUGUGGUUAACAUUUUCUCAGCUCACUCUUGUGGUUUAGAGCUUCUUUUUUUAUUAUAAUAAUAAUUCUCAGCUCACUUCCUCAGUGGUGUAUUUAGCAGGUCAGAGAUUUCCAGGUAGUUGUACCAGGUUUUUUCAGGCUCAAUACAAUAUAAAAAAAUGCUGGAGACAUGAGCAUCCACUAAAAUAACAUUUGCUACAGGAGUAUUCCAUCAGCAGUUACAUGGUCCAGGUUAACAAGCUACCCCUCAUUGCCUCAACUGUGCUUAUGAUCACAUAUUUAUUUGCAGAAAUAUAUCAUUUUCUUAUAGGUAUGAGAGAGCCAUAUUUUAAAGGCCAUAAAAGAAAUGGCCUAUGGAUUGAACCCAAUUCUCUCUCCAGUGAAUGUAAUAAUUCAUGUCCAAGUCCAAGACAGGCAUGUAACUUAUUCACUGCUGUACAUGUACAGUGAAUAAGAAAAAAAAGUGAUCUUUGAAACAGAAUUAGCUGCAAAAUUUUGCAAGCCUCUGGUGUGAAGGAAAUUUUCAGUACUGUGAAGAAAAAUAUUGGAAGCAGUAUUUGUACAAGAAUUAAUGGUUCCAAGAUAUCAUGAAGAUUGUUAGAAAACUGAAGAAAUUACCAUCUAAUAUGAAGAACAACUUGGGAUAAUCAUUACCACAAACAUGUCCCCAUUCAGGAACAAACAGCCAUGUUCAAAACACACUACCUCAUAUAUGACCUAUUCUCAAGCAAGCAGCACCAGUGUGGAACCUUCAUAGUUAAACUUGAAGUGAAACUUUAGAAAAUGCAAAGGCAUACAUAGAGAUUGGGAAACAAACUAUGAAGAAUGCCAGAACUAAACCUUGUUAUUGGAGGAAUGAAGAGCAAGACAGGAUAUGAUUGAUACACAAAAUACCAAGGGGUAGAGAAAGUAGAUAAUUAGGGACUAUAGAGUAGUAACUACGGAUCACCUGCCCUCACUGCCAUCAGUGUGUGCUGUGGAUUCCCUAAUAUGGCACAGGAGCCCUUGCUUUGCCUGCUUCCUUUACCAGUACCAAGACAACCCCUACCUUUCCUUGGAGGGCCAUUUUUAUUAUCACACUGGCCGAUUCCCACCAAGGCAGGGUGGCCUGAAAAAGAAAAACUUUCACCAUCAUUCACUCCAUCACUGUCUUGCCAGAAGGGUACUUUACACUACAGUUUUUAAACUGCAACAUUAACACCCCUCCUUCAGAGUGCAGGCACUGUACUUCCCAUCUCCAGGACUCAAGUCCGGCCUGCCGGUUUCCCUGAAUCCCUUCAUAAAUGUUACUUUGCUCACACUCCAACAGCACGUCAAACCACCUCAACAACCCUUCCUCAGCCCUCUGGACAACAGUUUUGGUAAUCCCGCACCUCCUCCUAACUUCCAAACUACGAAUUCUCUGCAUUACAUGUAUAUUCGCACCACACAAUGCCCUCAGAUAUGACAUCUCCACUGCCUCCAGCCUUCUCCUCGCUGCAACAUUCAUCACCCAUGCUUCACACCCAUAUAAGAGCGUUGGUAAAACUAUACUCUCAUACAUUCCCCUCUUUGCCUCCAAGGGCAAAGUUCUUUGUCUCCACAGACUCCUAAGUGCACCGCUCACCCUUUUCCCCUCAUCAAUUCUAUGAUUCACCUCAUCUUUCAUAGACCCAUCCGCUGACACGUCCACUCCCAAAUAUCCGAAUUCAUUCACCUCCUCCAUACUCUCUCCCUCCAAUCUGAUAUCCAAUCUUUCAUCACCUAAUCUUUUUGUUAUCCUCAUAACCUUACUCUUUCCUGUAUUCACUUUUAAUUUUCUUCUUUUGUAUACCCUACCAGAUUCAUCCCCCAACCUCUGCAACUUCUCUUCAGAAUCUCCCAAGAGCAGUGUCAUCAGCAAAGAGCAAUUGUGACAAAUCCCACUUUAUGUGUGAUUCUUUAUCUUUUAACUCCACGCCUUUUGCCAAGACCCUCGCAUUUACUUCUCUUACAACCCCAUCUAUAAAUAUAUUAAACAACCACUUUGACAUCACACAUCCUUGUCUAAGGCCUACUUUUACUGGGAAAUAAUUUCCCUCUUUUCUACAUACUCUAACUUGAGCCUCACUAUCCUCGUAAAAACUCUUCACUGCUUUCAGUAACCUACCUCCUACACCAUACACCUGCAACAUCUGCCACAUUGCCCCCCUAUCCACCCUGUCAUACGCCUUUUCCAAAUCCAUAAAUGCCACAAAAACCUGUUUAGCCUUAUCUAAAUACUGUUCAAUUAUAUGUUUCACUGUAAACACCUGGUCCACACACCCCCUUCCUUUCCUAAACCCUCCUUGUUCAUCUGCUAUCCUAUUCUCUGUCUUACACAUUCUACUUUGAUCCAUUCUCUCUAAAUGACCAAACCACCUCAACAACCCCUCUUACUAAUACUUUUAUUAACUCCACACCUAAUUUCCACACUCCGAAUUUUGUGCAUAAUAUUUACACCACACAUUGCCCUUAGACAGGACAUCUCCACUGCCUCCAACCGCCUCCUCGCUGCAGCAUUUACAACCCAAGCUUCACACCCAUAUAAGAGAGUUGGUACCACUAUACUUUCAUACAUUCCCUUCUUUGCCUCCAUAGAUAACGUUUUUUGUCUCCACAUAUACCUUAACAUAUCACUUUUUUCUUCAUCAAGUUUAUGGUUAAUCCUAUCCCCUGACAGGGCAACUCCCAAAUAUCUGAAAACAUUCACUUCUUCCAUACUCCCUCUCUCCAAUGUGAUAUCCAAUUUUUCUUUAUCUAAAUCAUUUGAUACCCUCAUCACCUUACUCUUUAUCUAUGUUCACUUUCAACUUUCUACCUUUACACACCCUCCCAAAGUUGUCCACUAACCUUUGCAACUUUUCUUUAGAAUCUCUCAUAAGCACAGUAUCAUCAGCAAAAUGUAACUGUGCCAACUCCCAUUUUGUAUUUGAUUCCCCAUAAUUUAGUCCCACCCUCUCUCCCCAACACCCUAGCAUUAACUUCUUUUACAAUCAGGAAGCAUAUAGUUGAAAAACAGGUAAAACAGCUAAUUCACAUCAGCUGGUGCAAAUAGGUCCCAUAAUUAUAUACAGUAAGCUCUUACUCAUAGGGUUAUACACCAUCAGGAAAAGGAGAUAAUCAGGCUUGUCAACUACGCCUAUAAUUCUCAUCCCCAUAACACUUUUAAAAAGAGCUAAUGUUACCUUUAGUUGGGUUCCUGAUCAGUCUGGUGUGCAGGGUCAUUCUGAGCAGCAUCAAUGGUCCAGGUUAGCAGCUAAGCUGUUUUUAAUUAAAUGAUAAUCUGGCUCCUGUCCAUCCUCAAAUCAGUGGUAUCUGUGUGGGAAAGUACUCUCCUUACUACACACUAAUCCCAUCAAAUACAACUGGCUAUCUCGCAAGAGUUGUGCCCAGAGCUACAAGAAUUCUUAAGUUUGUUCAGACAGUACAAGACCUUUCAAUAAAAUUAUUCUUUAUUAAGCUUACUAACAUUUUUAACAUUAUCUCUAAUGCAUUCUGCCCUCCAAUCAGUUUUAUUUUUAGUACAUUCUAUAACAUUGGGCUGAUUUAUUGUACCACUUUUAAACACAUCUUUUAGCCUUAGUACCUCUGCCUCUUUACUCCAGUCUUGACCACAUCUUCCUCUCUAUCUUGCUGCUCUAAAUGACCUUUAGUGCAAGAAACUUUACCUGCAGUACUGAUCCAUAGUAGUCUCUCUCAUAUUCUCCAUCCUCAAGCCUGGGCAUGGUGCACCAAGUUCCACAGCAGCUCUUGAAAGUAUUUUCAGGUAUGUGUCUUCUCUCCUGUCAGUAUCGAAAAUUCUAGCCAAUAUGGCCCAUAGCUUCCCUAGAGCCAUGACUAUCCAAUGAAGGAGAGGAGGCAUGCAUUGCUAAAAAAAAAAUCUAAGAAUGGUGGAAAAGGAUAUUUAUAUUAAAAGCCCUAUGAAGUAUUAUUUUGUGUACUUUUAAUAAAAUUUUCUAUAAAUACUCUGAA